CUUUUGCCCUCCUCCGCGCGCGGCUUCCGCUUCCGCUUCGAGCGUCAAACAUGGCCACGUCCAGGCUCGAGAUCAAUUUCAUCCGGUUGCUGUCGCGCUGCGAAUCUCUGGCUUCGGAGAAGAGAAACGAGACGGAAUGGAGGCUGGAGAAGUACGUCGGCGCUCUCGAGGAGAUGCUUGUUGCCCUUAAAAAGAGUCCCAGCAAACCCACACCAGAAAUGCUGACAGACUACAACCGCAAGGUGGACUUCCUCAAGGGUCUCCUGGAGGCGGACAAACUGGUCAGCACUUGCUCGAAGUCUUUAGCCAAUCAGUUUCUGGCUCCCGGACGGACGCCCACGAUGUCCAGCGAGAGAACGCCGACCAGCAAGACGGUGCACAUUCAGAGCAAAGCGCGGUGUGCUGGAGAAAUGAGGAAGGAGCUGAUGAGCACCGCCGCGUCACGUUCUGGCUCGCUGGAUACGGACCUCAGACACAGAAAGAGCAUUCCUGUAGACGAGCGGCAGUCGGCGGCGGAGCUGGACUCGAUCCUACAGCAUCAUCACAACCUGCAGGAGAAGCUGGCCGAUGACAUGCUGAAUCUCGCUCGCAACCUGAAGAACAACACGCUCGCGGCCCAGAACAUCAUUAAGCAGGACAACCAGACUCUCACUCAGUCUAUGCGUCAGGCCGACAUGAACUUCGAGAAACUGAAGACUGAAUCGGAGCGUCUGGAGCAGCACGCCAAGAAGUCCGUCAACUGGUUCCUGUGGCUGAUGCUGAUCGUGGUCUCCUUCACGUUCAUCAGCAUGAUCCUCUUCAUAAGACUGUUCCCGCGACUCCGAUGAUGUUAGAACCGCUAGGAUUGAUUUAUCCGUUAAGACGCUAGCUAUAAGCGGUCCUCUGCUCGACGGCCUCAAAUCAUUCAGUCAGCUUUCAUUCCCGCCGAAAUGGACGCUGUUGUCGACGCCAAAACGUUUUUUUUCCGGAAAAUCAGCGGUAAGUGUUUGAUAACUACAAACUCGGUCAAUUAAACGCUUAAUCUGACCACAGAUGUUAUAAAUACUAACUCUGACUUGUCUUUUUAAAGAUGCGGUCAGUUUUCCCCCCCGAAGUCUUUUCAUUUCCAACAGUUUCGUGUAAUCUAGCUAUAUUUUGACACUAUAUACGAGCGUUUUGAGACAGUUCCAUUCCAUCCGGCUUCAUCGGGCUUUCUUUUUCACUUUCUCACGUACGGGCCGAGCUGUUUUAAGGUCCGGUCGGCUUGUCCAGACUCGCCGCGUCGAUCAGGAAAUGCUCUGGCAAACAGCAGGAAGCAUUUUUGCCGUCGGAAGCACAGAUGGCUGCCGUCUUCUUCUCCACCCGGAGAGUGAAUGGCUCAAAUCUAGCUGCUAACGUUCCCUAUACAGCACGUGGACAGAGUAUUACGUGGUUUGUUCCCCUGCGGUUCUAUCGGUGGAUCUUAAUGUUCGUCUGAAGCGCUCCGUCGAUGAUCGGUUGUUUCUCCGUGUGAUUAUUUUCGCCUGUGUAAUCCAUUCACGUGAACGCAGACGCUCAUUGGCUAGUCCUUGUUUUCUAUCAGGUCUGUUCGAAGUUACCUUAAGAAAAAAAAAAAAAGUGUUAUUUUAAUAAAAUUAUUUGCAAUCCGCCUA